AUGACAAACACCAAGAAAUUCCAACCAGCAUUCACCGUAGUGAAGGCUCGUCAAUCUGCAACGACCAACUUUGAUGAUACAGACUUUGAGUACAGUGAUUCGGACGAGGAGUCACCUCGCAUGAGUAUGGGCUCGUUCGGAUACGACAGUGUCUCCUCUGCCUCUACGCCGGACCCGCCCACCCCAGAACAUGUCCCACGAGAAGUUUAUUUGCACCGCAAAUCGACUGAAGGACCCUCCGGUCCCCAUCUUUUCACGCCCGAUCUCUUCAGGUCAUCGAUUAUUUCGUCUCGUUCGGUGCCAACAACUGAAAUCGAUCUCUAUUUCGAGAGGUCGCCUGUGCAGUCUCAGUUCCAAUCUGAUAUUGAGACCCCCCAGUUCCCAAUGUCGGAAGUCGAUACUCCCUCUUUUCCUGUCUCGGAUCUCGAUACAGCGCAGUUCACUGGAUCGAGCAUGGGGAGCUUCACCCACUCCGAAGCUUCGAUGUCCCAAGCAUCGGUGUCUCAAGCGUCGAUGUCUCAAGCGUCGAUGUCUCAAGCGUCGAUGUCUCAAGCUUCGAUGUCCCAGGCCUCGGUGUCCCAAGUGUCGAGGUCUGAAUCAUCAAGCUCGGGCAAAUAUGUGUUUCCUCCAUGUGCUCCUCAGCCUCACAGGACCGUGUACCCAGACGUCUCACAAGUUGAGGAGGACGAGAUCCGUGGCUGGGCACCAAGCCAAGUCGCACACUGGAUGCACAUCGGUGGCUACGAUGACUCCGUGAUCGAGAAGUUCAUGAUCAAUGACAUCGCCGGAGAUGUGCUUCUCAACCUCCAUACCGAUGACCUCAAAGAACUUGGCAUCCAGUCGUUUGGCAAGCGUCACCAGAUCAUGGGGUCGAUCGACCACCUGCGCAACACUAUGCUUAAGCGGUCAGCGUCCAGAAACAGAGCCUUUUCAUCUCCCUCACAACACUCGUAUGCAGAAUCGGCGUCUACCAGCAGUCGCUCGUAUGCAGCAUCUGUGUCUCCCACAGGCGAAGUGAUUUCCCGUGAACCCAAUGGCAAUCAGCUCACUGAAACAGAGGCUGUCUCCAUUGUCGGCAUUGAGCAGGUUCUUCCCAAGCCACACAAUUGUUCCAAGGGGGAGAACUGUCCCAAGUACAGGAGAUACCAACGCCAGAUGGAGAAGCUGGCAACGGAAUAUCCUGAAGCCAUACUUAUCCCUGGACAAAGCAUCGUCACUGGAAACCCUGGGAAUCCCCAGACAGCACAUAACAUGUUGCGACCAAAGUCAGAUACUGAGCCUUCGGUAAUCGCGUCGUCUGAUGUCUUUGGACCUCAAAUCACUCCGAGGCUCUCUGAAGAGGCGCUGAACGAGGUCAAGAACCUUGAUCCCCAGGAAAAGAUGCGUCAGUUCUUCAGCUACCAGCAUGUUGAUUACCAUCAUUCGGGGUCAGACUCGGACUCGGACUCAGACGACUCUAUGCCAUCACCGGCACCGCAUGUGAUGGUGACAGCUGCGGGAACCUCACCUGCCUCGUCUCCCCCGGCUGCCCGGCUCAACAACAUGACUGCGAACCUGCGCAAUCUUCCGAAGUUGAUGAUCCCCACGGAUUCCGACUCCGAUGACCUGACAACAGCGGUGACAGCCCAGCGAACCAUCACACCGUCGAUGGGCAGUCACAUGUAUGGCUCUCCGACCGUGGUGCAGGAGUACGGGCCAUUCAGUAACGCUCGGCAAGUGGCGCCGGCCGAUUACUACCGCCAGGGCACACCGUUCUCGGAAGUGGACGCUCCUGUUGUCGGCUUGCCAGAGGGGCCCGUCGCCCGCGAGACGUCCCAGUCUGUUCCUCCUGACAUGCGAUACGGCAACCUCAUGCGCGCCCGCUAUGGAGGUCCGAUUUCGCGGUCUCCUUCCGUUCGUGCCCCAACUAGCAUGUCGCUGCGUCGUGUGAAGGAAGGGAAGCCCCUCACUCCUAUUGAUGAUCCAGCCGACCUGAGGAGGAGCCCUCGCAUCGCCCAGAAGUCUGGCACCAACACGUCCGUAGCUUUGAACCCCGAUGUGACCCGAAGUGGAUACAUGAAGAAGCGCAAGCCAGCCCGGUUCCUCCGCCACGACUGGCAGGAAGCCCACUUCACCCUGCGUGGAACCAACCUGGCAAUGCACAAGGAUGAGCUUUCUGCUCUGCGUCAAUCCAGGGCGUUGGAUGAGAUCGACGUCGAUGCAUAUGCCGUCGCCUGCUCAUCUUUGGCAUCCAGUUCCAAACUCACUGCUGCCUUGAAGAAGUCCAUCCUGCGCAAUGGGAACCACCCCGGCAAGGACGACUCGGCGUUCACAUUCUCCCUCGUCCCUGCCUCCAAGGAGAACGAGAAGAAGAUGCUAUUCGGAAGCAAAGACGUCAAGAGCCACCACUUUGCCGUCAAGACCCGAGACGAGCGCAUCGACUGGAUGCGUGACAUGAUGCUGGCCAAAGCCCUCAAGAAGGGCAAGGACGAAGGUUAUGAAAUGCGACCCGAAGGAAAUUUCAUUUAG